AUGGAAAGGGUCCUGGAACUAGAACGAGAGCACGUUCAGUUACAUGACGAGCUCUUAUCAGCGCUGGAUAAGCUUUUUCUGCUGCAGCUGGGCCAUGGAAACCUUAAAGAUCGAGAGGCUGAGAGUAGCAUUGCCAUCCGAAGACAACUCCAAUUGAGCUUGGAGAAGAGUGCAGCGAUUCUCACAGCCAUACAGCGCAUGUCCAAACUGCAGCACAGCGAAGACAGUGAUGUCAGGACCACCGAAGACAUACUGGCUUCGAGGCUAGCGAACCUGAUGCAGGAGAACUACGAGCUGGACUACACAGUCAAGGAGCUCCUCGAGAAGGAGGAAAAGGCGAACCAAGACCUUCUAGAUGAACGAACACGCUACUUUGAUCUCAUAGCGAAGAUGACCGAGGUCAGCGAUAAGAUACACAAACAGAAGCAAGCCAGCCUUGCCGCUGGCGCUCUUCCAGAUUCAACUCCUGUUGCUCACACGCCUCGCGAGAAGGAGAAGCAGCAAGCCAUCAUCGAUCAGAACGAACAGAUACAAGAACUGCUGGUGGCCCUCAAGGUACACGGAGGCUACGAUCCUUUGAGCUAG